AAUCCGCAUACUCUUUUCACUUCUCCUUGGUUGCUUCUUUAGCAGCUGCCUUUUUCCAUUUUAUGUCAAUUUGUCUUUACCUUUACUACAGGAGCAAAGUGUUGGGAAGAAGAAAAGCUUAAAGGAAAUGGCAAUGGAAGGACAGGGAAAAGAAGAAACCUUACCGCCAGGGUUCCGGUUUCAUCCAACCGACGAAGAGCUCAUCACUUACUAUCUUGUGAACAAGAUUUCAGAUGCUAGCUUUACAGGAAGAGCUAUUGCUGAUGUUGAUCUUAACAAGUGCGAGCCCUGGGACCUUCCUGGGAAGGCCAAAAUGGGAGAAAAAGAGUGGUAUUUUUUCAGCCUUCGGGAUCGAAAAUACCCAACUGGAGUAAGAACAAAUCGAGCAACCAACACUGGUUACUGGAAAACCACAGGAAAAGACAAGGAGAUCUUCAACAGCGUCACAUCAGAGUUGGUUGGGAUGAAGAAAACCUUAGUGUUUUACAGAGGGAGAGCUCCCAGAGGGGAGAAAACCAACUGGGUCAUGCAUGAAUACCGUAUUCACUCGAAAUCAUCUUUUAGAACUACCAAGCAGGAUGAAUGGGUUGUUUGCCGUGUGUUCCAGAAGAGUGCGGGGGUGAAAAAGUACCCUUCGAAUCAAUCAAGAGCAGUUAAUCCCUACAACUUGGAAAUAGGGGCAAGUGUCAUGCCACCGGCAAUGAUGCAGGCGGAAAACUAUCAGUUCUCUAUGGGGCGGAACUACGCAGAACUAGCGGAGCUCUCAAGGGUCCUGAGGGGUGGUCCAAGCACUACUGUAAACCUGCCUAUUCAAUCCCAAAUCAACUAUCCAGGAGGGUUCACUAUAUCGGGGCUGAAUUUGAAUCUCGGAGGUGCCUCCACGCAGCAGGUAAUACGACCAAUGCAACCUCCGCCACCUCCAGCAACGCAUCAACAAGACGUUACGGCCACCAUGAUGAGCGCCACUUCUUUCACCGCAGAGAAUGGCUAUGGUACUGCAGAGCUCAACAACGCAAAUGGGCCUAGCAACAGAUUCCUGAGCAUGGACCAUUGCAUGGACUUAGACAACUAUUGGGCUACAUACUGAUCAGGACAAGCAAAAAAUCAAACAAAAUUUCCUCCAAGUUUGUUCCAGUAAUAGACUAGUUAAUCACGAGUAUCUGUUUAGUUUGGAAUACUUCUUCACUCCCCUGCAUCACGCUGGGGAGUUCAUCGGGUCAAACAGUCACUACCCUGAAAACUAGGAAUAUCAGUAUCCUCUUUUGUUUUGUCUGUCUCAAUUGUGAAAAGAAAAUUGAGAUUCACACCUUAUUCGAGCUCGCCUCCGGCACCUAGAUUAUUAAAUUACCUGUUCUACUUAUUGUCAAAUGUAAACUCACUGUUCUAUUUGUUAAUAAUCCUUAGGCACUUUUCUUUACAAACAUAAUAAUAAUGAUCCUCGUCCACCCUCAGGGCAUAACAGAAGUUGGACAACAAAGGCACAAACCUAACCUUUUGACCUUUGUUUUGCCAUCUUUUGUCCAAAAUAUCACGCAAGCCAAUGUUUUAACAGCUAACAAAUCCAGAACCAAGCGCAAGCAGACGCCAGAGGCCAAUCCGGAAAAUCAAUGAAUGAAUGAACAAAUGAUGCAGGCAAUAAGAAAUCAAAUCUAAAAUAACUUGUUUAACAUUAACCUUUUGACUAAACGUGUAUGGACACAACGGUAACACGUCCCAUUGGUGUUGCAACUAAAAGUAUGGUUUCUAAAA